AUGACAACGAGCGUCGUCCUCAGGAGCGCUCCAAAUCUAUGGGCUUCGGCCGAUACCAAUAGCAGACACAAGCAACAGAAAACAUCUGAGUCUCAGGUGGGCUGCUGUAUCAGUAUUACGGGCAAUUCCAGUUCCUCUUUAACUUAUUGUGGUUGGCGGAAGCAGUUACUCCCUUGCCUUUCCUCCUCUCCCAGGCACAAACGCCGCACCUUCUUACCUUUGGCGUCUCUUUCGUCUUCUUCUCCUUCCUAUUCUCCCAACACCUCUACCAAGCUUUACGUCAGUGGGCUUUCAUUUCGCACCACUGAGGAGAGUUUGCGAAAUGCUUUCCAGAAUUUUGGACAACUUGUAGAAGUCAAUCUGGUGAUGGAUAGAAUAGCAAAUAGGCCAAGAGGCUUUGCUUUUCUCCGCUAUGCAACUGAAGAGGAAUCUCAAAAGGCUAUCGAGGGAAUGCACGGAAAGAUUCAUACAAUAUACCAUUACCAUCAGUGCUUGAGGGAGAGAUGCGAGCGAGUCCUGGCCAGCGUAUGA